UGGGUGUAUAUGAGAACUGCAUUCACAUCCCUGUUACAGUAUCACUUAAUCACUUGGUCUUUUCUCCUGGAUGUACAGGCUGGAUUUAAACCAGGGCUUCCUGAUUUUUAGCUAACCGUCCUGUGCGGGUAAAAACGAGAAACUGUCAUUUCAGUAUUCUGGAUAGACUUUGAUCUCUAUAUUCCUCGUGUAUGCCUAGCAGUGAAGGAAUCUACAGACAGAUAUUAGAACAACGACUGAUACAACCAUUAAUCUACGUUUACUGAUGAGUCUAUUUAACCUGGCUUACCUGGAUCCUGUCUUAAGAUAUAGGAUUUCAAUCUUGCUCUUACUUGGACAUUCGACAUCUGUGGCGUUUGGGUUUCCCCAUUGUGCAAAGAACAUACUCGAAUCCAAGUCAUUGAAGAGCGAUAAAGAAGUGUUUACCAGUGAAGAAGAUGCCAGCAGUUUUCUUAGACGUCGUUUACUUUACAACCAAUUUGACUUUGAAAUGUUCGUCUCCGGCAAUCUGGAGAGAGAAUGUAAUGAAGAACUGUGUAGCUACGAGGAAGCCAGGGAAAUAUUUGAGGAUCAAGAUGCAACGAUGACGUUUUGGAAGAAAUACACAUCUAAGGAUGUAACCUCAAGUAAAGCACUUGAGAUUGAUGUGGUGGGACUUCUCACGGGACUCAUAUCUGCUGGGACAUUAUUGGUGAUCAUUGGACUUGUUGUUUAUUACGUGUACUCAAUGCGCUGUCACCCAAGGAGACACAUUAAUGUAUCAGAAGAUACCUGCGAAUGCAGACGUAUAUCACACGUGGCAAGCGGAACAGAGGAAGAGCAUCCAUUACAGCCCAUCUAUCUGCCUUCGGUGGAGCUAGGUCCACCACCGUACGACCAAGCAGUGAUUCCCCUAUGUGAUUUACCGCCACCACCCUAUCCAGGGUCGGAGAUAGAUGCAAAAGUCUACAGAAAGUCCUACUCAAUUCCUGCGUCUCAGGAAUUUUAACUCCUCAGUGGGGAUUCAUGAAACCAUGGGAGAUAAUUAUUCCUUAUUUUAGAAGGAGAAAGCAAUCUCUUUAACAGAGCCAUGUGCUAAAGGGAACAAGAGGGGGGAUAUGGUGAACAUACCUGAUUGCCAGUGGAAACUUUGCCAAGUGGACCUUAUCUUCCAGCAAUGUCACUCUAUGUGAAUGUUCUAGCAUGGCCUGUCUAUGGUCACAAGUUAAUUUGCUGAUGAAUUUGGUGACCUGGAUCGUGACCUAUCGUGAAACCAACCAGUGUAAGAGAUAGUGGGCCGCUAUUUUUUUGUUAAAGUGGUGCACUCUAAUCUGUGGUUGGAAUAGGAUUCUAGAGCAUGAUGGAUCCCGGAAAACUAAACACAGUCAUUUAUCUUAAAGAGAGAGAGAGAAUUUGACACAUAAUGCGGGUUUGAUUAUAAUUAUUAUUUUUUUUUAUAAUUAUGGGUAUAUUAACGUAAGCCGUUUUAUACCACUAAGAACGUAACCGUUCUAAGGAGUAGUAUAUUUAUUGUUAGUGUAGCACAACUCUUAUGCCUUUUUAAGUGAAGUAACUGACCACACAACACGUACUGCACCCAAAAUGCAAAGGCUGCGUUCUGAUUUGUAAAGGAUAAUGGGACUUGUAGGGCGGUGUGCUCUUAGAUAAAUAUUGCUGGUGAUGUUCUUUACAAUGAUAAAUAAAUCACAACCA